AAAAAAGGAAGAGAUGUAGCGGCGGAGAAGUUGAAAGACGGCGACGUAACUGAUCAGAAACUUCGUGGCCUGAUUGUAAGUGAAUUGAACGAUAUCAAGGGCAAGUUGGAUGCAUUAUCACAAAAAGAUCUUAAGGCAGCUGUAGACUUUUUUGGAACAGGACUCAAGAAUUUAAAUGGUGCAGUCGUUGCAAUGCGCGGUGCUAAUGUUAGUGUGGAAGCUGGGGAAGUAUCUGAAAGAAAAGAAGAAGAGGACUUUGACGAACUGGCUUUGCCCUCAGACACUGACCCUGGGAAGACAAUUGCCGUCGCCGCUGGAAUAAGAAACAUGCAACUAACUGAGUUGGAUGAAACAACGAAAAGUCUGCUUUCUGACGCACAAGAGAAUUUCAGAUUAGCUGUUGAAAACGCGACACACGCUUGCAACAAUGAAGCCCUCAGCACCUUUGACCGAAUCACAGCCAUUCGAUAUCGUGUUAUGGCGGCAAUGUUAAAGUCAGCAGCUGAGACAGUGAGAACCGCGGGCGACUUGAAAAGCACUUUGCAGAAAGCCUUACCAUAUUGCGAACAGUGUUUGGAGAUACUCAAUUCGUUACCUGCUGUACGGAACAGCUUUAAAGUGGAGCUCAGUAAAGGUCCCCUAAACAUAAGAGAUCAAUUUGGUAAAGAUGAACGGAUGCAGAUAAUUUCCAUCGUGUGUCAAGUAAAUCGCACCAUCUACGAUGCCAUGCGAACGGUUGGUAAAGAUGUACAUGUCUUGGUGUGGCCAUAUGUUGACAUCGGAGUAGAUCAAGUUGACCCUCUGCGCGAUGUAAGAGUGUUACAAGUGUUGGAGAAAUCAGAGAAAGUUGACAUGGAGCACUACCGCAUUACACCGGGGUUGUCAUUUGAUGUGACGAUGGCAGGCAUUGUCUUUGCUACUAACACCGUGGGACAGUUUCUGUUUGCAGAGAAGGGCGGGAGAACCGUGCAUGUUUUCGAUAAAAAUGGUACAUUUGAGUUUAGUUUUAAUCCCCAAACUGAUGAUGCUAAAAUAGAGAUUCUAAUUGCUGAUCUCGUCACUGAAGACGUUAGCGAGAAGAUCUAUUUACUGAUCGAACUGUACAAUAAAGGAGCAUGGGAGAGAGAAGUGCAGGUUUUAAACAAAACCGCUGACCUUCAGUACAAGUUUCCUGUGAAAGGCGGGAGAAUACGCUCAUCACACAGACUGAUAGUUAGCGACAGCAAACUAGUAAUAUUGGCAAAAUGUGAGGCUCACGUGUACAAUCAGAAUGGUGAGUUUGAGCGUAGUUUUGAGUUUUUCAAGAGUGAAGACGACAAGUAUUUAGCUGAUUGCACUGCUACUUGCGAUGGUCGCAUCAUGAUAAUGCACCCUAAAAGAAACUUCAGCGAUUACCACUGUGUUCAUGUAUUCACAAUGGAGGGAAAGGAGAUUGCAAAGUUCAAAUUUGGCGUCGGAGUCAAUUUAGACGAAAUGUUGUUUUCACCUCGCUCUGCAGGUGAACAUGUUGUCAUCGCUGGUUACAAUGAUAAGGAUGGGAUCAUAAUAGUGGAGUUUUACACUGUGGAUGGAAAACUAGUGCGAAGAAUUCUGCUGCGUAAUAAAGGUAGACGUUUUUUUGAUGGAAUUACGGUAACCAUGAAAGGACACAUCGCUGUGUUUGUUGAUGGAAAGGCCGUUGUAUACUAAAAACUAAAAGACGCGGCUUUUUGCCUUGACAAAUACUUUGAGGAAUUUUAUACAAAACAACUGAGUUACAGCACAAAUCAUAACUAUAACAAAAUUCUCAAAUCUGAUUGGCUAUCAACUGCCCUGAUUUUAGCGUUAAUAGGACAGUUUAAUGGGACAGUACGCAUCAUUCCUAAGUAAUUGGACAGUACGCGCCAUCACGUUCGCGUUUAACUGGAUUCUUUUUACUGGUAGCAAAAAAAAAUCUUGGAAUUUCUUGUGUUUUGAUUAUAAACAGAGCCUUAUAAAUCACAAAUUUUGUUAA